AUGUUGUUCAGUUUCUUCCUCUUCUCUAUUCUCGCCUUUGUCUGUGGUGCUCCCACCUCGUUGGCUGUGGAUGCUGCUGAUCCUCUGGACGGCCUCGUAACCAGUAUCAGUGUGACUAUGACUUUGGAAUCCCUUGUCACUAACCUCGCCGACCUCUCGUUCAAUGUUACCAACCCCUUACUCGUCGAGAUCACCCUCGACCAUGUCGUUGUCUCCGCGGGUACUGACUCCACCAAAUAUAUCUCCUUCGACCACACCUUUGAUGACCCCAUCGUUGUUCCAAUCCGCGGAACAGCGAGUUCUGGUGUCAUUGAAAAUGUGUCGCUCACUCAGGGUGGGUUGGCCACAUUGAACAUUGUUUCACAGGGGUCUCUUGACCUGAUCAAUCUGGACGGAGGCGACGAUUAA